GGACCUUAAUGUCACACUCACAUAAUAAAGCAGUCUUCCUCUUCAUCAAAUUGCAACGACCAAACACAAGCUAGUCUUCCAUUGUUAAUGAAAAGUCCACACAACUUUAAAUAUCCAACAAACACAUCCGCAUUCAAGUCUCAAUUCUUUUGGAAAGAAAGUACAAAUGUAUUUGUGUAGGGGAACCAAAUAUUUUGCAUUAAUAAUCCUCAUCUUUCUGCAAACAUGCAAUGCUAGGAAGAGCAAACACUACUACUGUCCCACUUCUGCUUGUGGUAAUAUCCGUAACAUAAGCUAUCCUUUUCACUUAAACACCGAUCCAGAAUAUUGCGGAUAUGGUAUAGCAUUUGAAUUAGCUUGUGAAAGUAACCAAACAGUUAUAUCGUUAUUCUCCAAGAAGCUGUAUGUGCAAGCCAUCAACUAUAAUAAUGAGACAAUUCACCUGGUAGAUCCAACUUUACAAACACAAGAUGAUCUAUGCUCUUUCAGACCUAUGCAUAUCUUCUUGAACCAUUCCUAUUCAUUCUACCUGCCAAACGCUGACAUAGAUCCCAUUUUCAUGAUCAACUGUCCAUUUUCUGUUAAUAAUUCUUCGUCAUUUCUGGAAAUUAUUGGCUGCAAAUACACUUAUUUAAAGAUUGGAGAUAUAGAUACCUCUGCACUCAGCGAUGGAUGCAGAGUGGAAUUGAUAGGCCUGACCUCAUGGCCUAAUUAUAUUAUUUAUACAGAGAACAACUUUUCCCUUUCUGAUUUUCAUCAAGCCAUCCUCAACGGAUUUGUGCUUCAUUAUUAUCUGGGGAGUGCUCCACAAAGUGUUAUUCAAAAGAUUGUUGGUGAGUGA